AUCCGUAGUCUGAAAAGGCUCUUUUCUUCUCGGUCCACAAAAAAAUAUUCUCCAGCUUCAAACUGAAACGCUAAUGGCGGCUUCCAUCUUCAAAUUCCACAUUCACACCACAACCAGACCAUUCCUCCAGCUUCCUCUUCUUCUUCGCCCUCUCCAUUCUCUUCCUUAUCCUCCUCCCCCUCCUAUGUCCGCCGUGAAUUCCUCCGAUAAAUCCGUGAAGGUGGUGGUGAAGGGGAGGGUGCAGGGGGUGUUGUACCGGAACUGGACGGUCGAAAACGCAAGGGAAUUGGGGCUGAAGGGGUGGGUGCGGAACCGGAGGGACGGGGCGGUGGAGGCCGUCUUCUCUGGUAGCGCGGAUAAGGUCGAGGAGAUGGAGCAGCGCUGCAGGAGAGGGCCGCCUGAUGCUAUGGUGACCGGCUUCCAUGUCUCCCCCUGCAGCGAUGAUCCCGGAGCGACUUUUGAGCGCAAACCAACUGUUUGAUGAAAUGUGUGAAGGUUAUUUAUGUAUACAUGUAAUAAUGCUUUGAGGAGUUGCUUGAACUAGUGCUGCUAAAUGCUAAUCCAUCUACUAGAUUACUAGUAGUCUUGUUUUGGA